UAUACAAUAUCGAACGACGAUUUGAGGAAGAAAUUACGUCUAGCUUAGUCGCAGAGCCCUUCACGUUAAAUAAAAAUGAUUAAGGCUGCAGGUGAUUUACGAGUUAAGGGGGAUCCCAUGGAAGUGUUUCGGUCGCAUGGUGUGAAGCAAGUUUUCGGCCUUCCCUCUAAAUAAGAAAUCCGCUUCUAUGAGCCUGGAAAACAGGGAGAUUUAUUUAUGUAAUUAUAUAUACGCGUAUACAUAUUUCUCUGCCCGUGGGUUCAGAAAUAACCUUUGGUUUACCUUAGGGGAGAAUAAUGCUCUCUCGCAGCUACGGUCUGGUAUAUCGCGGAAAUGUGGGAUUGCUGUCGUGCGGAAUAUUGCCUGAACUUUGCAUGCUCAUCCUUGACCAAAGUUGCCCUCGAAGUUCAUAGGUCGCGAUACCAACAUCAGGAAAUACGGUAAACUUGCCGAAAUCUGGAUCGCGUAAUUUCCAAGGGGGUUGUUAGGGGAUUGGGACGGUGUACGUGACUCGGGAUAAUUAGUACAACUUCUGAAGUAAUUGAUAAAAUCCGAUAGCUUGACUGUCUUGCGAGGGAAGUGCUUCCUGGUGUCUUUUAAGAUCGCCGGUGCACUGAGAACGUAGAAAGAAAUAAUUAGGCGCACAACAAAACUUAUUGGAGAUAGUUUACUUCUUAUAUCAUUAUAGCAAUUGCCUAGGACAAAGGUAGUCUGCCUCCAUGACUUUAGUAGAAUCGUCAUCGGUCGAAAAGUUAGUGUCAAGUAGCUCUAAUUUGUACGUUUGAAAGACUUCUAACUCAUGACGGUACACUAGAUAUUUUUCUUCAUUUCUCUUCCUUUAAAUUUCAGGUUAACGUCAGACUAUCCGCCCUCCUUUAGUUAGCAGUCCUUGGAGGUUGUCAUUUUUUUAUCUUUUCCACUCCCAGGAUGUACGUUCGUACAUUCAGAAGCGAAGUUUCCUACAUGUUCCCUAGAGUCGCAAAUAUCGGUUCGUUUUUACGGUAGCCCACGGCGGUCGAUACGAAACGAUGGGAGUUUAUUUAUAGGCGAGUUCGCUGACAUGCUGUGAAUAAUGUCCUUCGAAUCCUCCGAGGAAGCAACCCCCUGCAAAUCGAAUCUGCACCUGCAGGUGCAUGACGAUAAUUGAGAAGGCGUUCCUCAUUCCCCGAGCAGACCUUACGGUCUGGUCUAAUUUCCCAUUAUUAUUUGGUAUGACUAAAUCGGGCUUUAUGGGGUUAUACGCCGAUAGGGUGAUCCAGAACCAAAACAUGCUUCCACGGGUAAACCGUGGAGAAAAAUCUACAUCAUGGAGCUGGAUUACCCAUAAGAAAAGUGGUGGUACGGUAGCGGAUCCUCGACAAAUCGCUAAAGUACGGUCUUGUAGGUCAGGAAGACGCGGAACGAAGCAGGUACGUUAGCGUAGGUCAGUAUUUAAAGGGCGUGGCUAGACUACGAGUCCGCUUGGAGAAUGUCGAAUUUGAGAAGGAGCCACACCGACCAGACCGAGUUCCUCUCGAACGAAGGCAAAAGCGAACCGAGACACGCCUGCCGGAGAGCAAGCACUGAAAUAGACGCGCCACAUGGCGGGGGUCUUUACCAUUGUACAUGUCUGUGUCAAUGCAUAUACAGAUCGUAGCAAAGACGGGCCGUGACAAGAAAACGUUCCAUCAAGGCCAAUACGUUUCGAUUCAACGCUCUUCCCAAUAGCUAUUAAAAAUAAGGCCGACUUAAAUACUAGAGAGCGCGCGAUAAUAUGUCCCACACGAUUAAACCCAAUUGUACCGUAUAUUGAACGUCAUUGAACAAAUGCCGGCCGAACCGCGCUCGACUUUAUACAAGCUAAAAGGCGCCAUCGUGACAAACCGCGUUUCCUCCUCUCGGGCGAGGAAAACGUCUAACAUCCAGGAAACCAUAGGUUUCCUAACCCUUUAGUAGGGCGCAAAAUUCCGAAGCUAUAAACGCGAAGCCCGCGAAAAUGCGCCCUGUGCGACGGUACCCUACAUCGAGGCAGGCGUCAGCUCCGUUAGCUAUCUUAAAUCUAUCGAUAUGACGUCCUCGAGGUAAGGAAAGAGAAGCCUAGGGAGGGACGGAAUAAACGCUGGAACGUCUCUUCCAGAUCCUUUAUUUUUCCCUCCCUUCUUCCGAGAGGUUCGCCGUGCGCGCGUACGUAGCGGGAGCGGGUAUGCGCGUGUGCGUGUGCGGGGCACACGUGCGACCAGAAGAAGACGUUGACUCUCGCGCGUCUCGCCAACCGCGGAGCUGGCCGACCGACGGCGCGUAGUACGAGAAUACACGCGUCGACGCUCGGCACGCGUGUCAGCCGCCGGUCCAGACAUCGAGGACGAACGCCGAGGAGCGUUUCCGUUCUCUCCGGCCACGAGUCCGCGAGUCCGGCGCGACUAAACGCGAUUAAACGCGGUUAAACGCGGCCAAUUCGAGGAAUCGCGACGUCCAGUCGGCCAGUCCCGAAGGCAAUGCCUGUCCGGUCGCGCGAGGCCCGAAACUGCGAGGUGACCGGUUACCUAGAGGCGCCGCGAGACCGCGAGGUACCCCGAGUGCCCAGGGUGCCCGAGGGCCCUGCGAGACGGCGCCACAGGGUCGCGGCCCCAGGGUGCUCCGAGGUCUGAGGCGCGGUGAUUCCCCGGGAGCAAGAUGGCCGCCUGCCACCCUAGGCCUGCUCUGCAGCACUUGCAACACCUGCAGCUGAGGGAGCCCACGGCUGUGGGGCUUGGGGGCCAGCAGCCUCUUCAGCAGGCCCACUAUCCUCCGCAUCUCCUCAACUGGGUGUACCUGGCGAUCGCCGAGCAGAGCCCGGCGCAGCCUCCCGAUCAGAACAAACUUUUGCCAACGAUAUGGGGCAACUUUCCGAGCGCCGCGACUCAAGGCUACUUACACCAAAAUGCUGUGAGCCCGUCCGGUCCUCUCGGGGCUGGAAGUCUCGCCGGAAGUAUCGGUGACCUGGCCGAGCACUUCUCGGAGCUGGGACUUCUGGAGAGGAAGCCAACCAAGAGGCCGCCAUCUACGUAUUUGUGUCAUCUGUGCUUUAAGAAAGGCCACUACAUCAAGGACUGCCCACAGGCGAGGCCAAAAGGCGAGGGCCUGACGCCUUACCAGGGCAAGAAGAGGUGCUUCGGCGAGUACAAAUGUCCGAAGUGCAAGCGCAAGUGGAUGUCGGGGAAUAGUUGGGCCAAUAUGGGACAGGAGUGCAUAAAAUGCCACAUCAACGUCUAUCCUCACAAGCAGGUGAGUCCGGUGGCCGCAUCGUCCGCCUCGUCGAUCUCCUCCUUCCGUUACCGCCCUUUGGAAAAGCCGGAUGGACUCGAUGUGUCGGACCAGAGUAAGGUCCAUCCUCAGCAUCUUUGCGAAAAAUGCAAGACUCUGGGUUAUUAUUGCAGGCGUGUCCAAUAGAGUGGGAACCCCAGCGCUGGUCACGUGAUAAGCGGGAAAUUAGAAAAGCGAACACUCACCGUGGAAUUUGCGCCUUCUCGGCUGCAUUCCGAAAUUUGCGACUUCUUUUCUUAAUUAAAAGGGAAAAGAAUGGAAAAAAAAGAAGAAUUAAAGGGAACCGACGAGAAACCGACACGGUCGAUUUUGGAACAGGUCACGUGGAGAUUGGCGCGAGUUUUAAAUCCGGCGACGCGAUUGGUCGACCCAAAGUGCGCCAACUUCGAAACUUCCACGCUCGGGAGUUGCGGUUCUCGUGCUUGUUGCGAUUUGGCCUAUUAAUAGUAUCGCUAUAUUUAAAGAAAAACAAGAAACUCGCGUACGAGGAAUUCGCAAACCGAGCGGCCAGAUCCUCCGUACCGAAAUAUCUUCUAUAAUCGUUUCCGAUCGCGCGAUCGACACCGUUCCCCUCUGAAAUCUCCGGAAGGGAAAAAAAAGAAAUCGACGACAGAUUUCCUUCUACCGUUACGUCCGUUUAGCGAGUCCCUUUUCUACCAUUUAAGAGAGGAUAUAUAUUAUACGCCCGUUAUAUAUAUACGUCUCGAAUGUCGAGAAAAAUUCCAAAGCAGAGAUUCGACGUUGCGGAACCGAUAUAUAUAUAUGUAUAAUACGUAUAUAUCCAUGGAAAUUGUUCUGUAUAAAGUGGCUCGAGUCCGCGCGUCUCUUAAUAUGUAUAAAUUAGCGUUGCCGACAUUUCUACGUAUCUGUAUAUAUAUACAUAUAGCUGUAUAUUAAAAUGAAACGUAACGAAAAAAAAAAAAAAAGAAGUGAGAU